UUCCCAGGAAGAUUAUCUGAAAUAGUGGGGAAAACCACCCUCAGCUCUCUUGAGAACUGGCUCAACAGGUCUCAGGAUAGUUAUGUGGGCCACCUGAAUAGGGGAAUCAACAGCUACCUAACUUCAUUUUUUUAUAUAUCUCUUUCCCUUCCAUCUUUCCCAGGGUCCAUCAACUAUCCCAGAGUUUGCCCCACACAUUAUCCUCAAGAUUGAUCCUUGUCAGUACUAAGUCUUAUAUUUCCACCCCUGUGUACCCAGGCAGGAUCCUUGUUUGAUUCAUUUCUGUUUUGUCCUAGGCCUUAGGGUUUUCGUAGCUAGAGACUUUAUUCACCUUAAAACUUGAAAGUCCCUCUCCCACAGUUCAUAUAAAGAAACAUUACCAAACCCAAAAUAAGAUUUGUGUGCCCUAUGCACAGAAGCCAACCAAUCACUGAACACUAAUGCUUGGAAUAGAGAAAAUUUAAUAGAAGGACUAACCAAAAAGGCAGGGAUAUACCUCAAAUCUCCCUACCCCAGGAAGCAUAAUUAUAUAAGCAGGAGUCCAGUGGAGGAAACUGAUUAAAAGAUAGGUUUUUCAGACUUGAUACUGUAGUAGACAUCUGAUCAUUGAUCUAUCAAGGGGUCUGCAAAUCAAACUUGUAAAUUGCCCUCUGUGAAAAAAAUAAUAAAAGUGCUUAUAGAAAUGGCAACAGGGACAUGGGUCACCUUGACCAGAGGAAAGCAAAAAUGUGCUCUGCCUAGUUUUUUUAUUUGUUUGGUUCUGUUUUUCUUAACUUUAGGGAGGAUAAGUGGUUUACUUUCUUAGUGAGAAAAAUAAGUUAAUUUUGUUAUGGAGACUUAGUUACAGAAACAGGCACAGUCAGAAGUCAGGGCAGUAUCAGUGUUGUAAAACUAAAAAUGUCCACUCCCCACUAGACAUUUCCAUGCCUGAAGCUAUUUUUCUGGAGUUACAGGAAAGGGGAGUCCCCUCACCUACCAGUUCCCACAGAAUGCAUAACAACAGCACUACCCCUCAGCCCCACCUCUUUGCCCCUGUGGCCCCAAAUCCCCUCUGAAAGGGUUCUGGUUCAGAUAUCAACCUAGCAACUUAGAAAAUUUGAGUUGAGGUGCAGAGGGUAUGGAAGGCUUAGAUCAAAUAUACUGAGUUAGGCAGGAGCAGAAUGUCCCCAACACAAAAUAGCUAGGAAGUAAGUACCAUACAUUGUCCUGUUUGGGGUUAGAGCAACCCAAGGGAUGAACUAAGGCUAUCCAGAGUUCUUGGAUUAGUCAUGGCAUUGAAGAGGAGGAGAAGACAGCACUGAGCUAUGCUGGCAGGGAGUCCGGAGUUUCUGGUUUUGAAGCUCAGGAAAGCAUGAGCCAGGGGAGGGGCCUCCACAUAGUGGGAGGGCAGGUAUCUGGGGCAGGGCCCUAGCUAGCUAGGCAGAGCUGCGCAAGCAGAGUCAACCCAGAACGGAAAGAAAGCAACAGGCUCCUGAAACUCUAGCAAGUGGUCACUCUCCAACUUUGACCACUAAGAUCCCACUCUUGCUCCAUUUGUCAUUCUGAGGCCUCUGCUUAUCCUGCACCCCAGAGAUGGAGUCACUCCUGGGAGUAAAAAUUGGCUGCCUGUUCGGCCUGUUGGCUAUCACUCUGACUUGUGGCCUUAUUCCCAUCUGCUUCAAGUGGUUCCAGAUUGCUGAAGCUACAGGUAUAACCCCACCCCAUCUUCAUCCCUUUACCUCUCACCUCAACCCUGCCCUAUUCCUUGCUCUUGAUUGUUUCACCAUGCCCAAGCUCAGGUCUUUGGGUACUCCCUGUUGCUCCUUAGUCAUCUUUGUUUACCCCCUCAUUGCCAACUGCAUUGUCACUUCUUGGUUAUUAGGUCGUCACCGCCGGGUCCUCAGCCUCCUGGGCUGCAUUUCAGCUGGUGUCUUCCUGGGAGCAGGGUUCAUGCAUAUGACUGCCGAAGCCCUGGAGGGAAUUGAAUCCGAAAUCCAGAAGUUUGAGGUGCAGAACAGGACAGAAAUUAAGGGAAAUUCCUCUGAUGCUACUGAUUCAGCUCUUGUGGAGUAUCCCUAUGGAGAGCUCAUCAUCUCCCUGGGUUUUUUCUCUGUCUUCCUUUUGGAGUCGCUGGCAUUGCAGUGCUGUCCUGGGGCUGCUGAAGGAUCAACGGUUCAGAAAGAGGAAUGGGGUGGGACUCACAUCUUUGGAUUCCACAGCCAUGAACCUCUGCCCUCACCCUCACGGGGUCCCCUUCGAGCCCUUGUCCUCUUGCUUUCACUCUCCUUUCAUUCCGUGUUUGAAGGUCUAGCUGUGGGACUACAGCCAACAAUUGCAGCUACCAUACAGCUCUGUCUUGCUGUCUUGGCUCAUAAGGGGCUUGUAGUUUUUGGCAUAGGACUGCGUCUGGUGAAGAUAGGCACUGGAUCACGAUGGGCCCUGUUCUCCAUAUUAUUAUUAGCUCUCAUGUCCCCUUUGGGACUAGCCCUAGGGCUGACUGUGGCUGGAGGGGAUCCUGAAGGGGGACAAGGCUUAGCCCAGGCUGUAUUAGAGGGUGUGGCAGCUGGCACAUUCCUAUAUGUUACCUUCCUGGAAAUUCUGCCCCGGGAGCUAGCUGGUCCUGAGGCCCCUUUGACCAAGUGGAGCUGUGUAGCUGUUGGUUUUGCCUUCAUGGCCUUUAUUGCUUUAUGGGCCUGAGAGAUCUCUAAUGGACCUACCUAGGAAGGACCUCUCUACCCCAGUAGAUACUUGAUAUGACUGGCCCUCGGACUUUUUUUUACUGAGACUAAAUUAUAUUCACUAUGCAUUCGUAUGCACUGGACCUCAGCUUUUACCUACAUAAGAUCCCAUUUCUCACUCAGAACUGAGAAAAGGAGGUUUAGGUUGAGUGCUCAUGUUUGUUUGUUUGUUUUUCCCCUGUCAUUACAAAUUUAUUCUUUGAGUGCUUGUUGAUUGGAGAAUUGAUACAAAGAUCAUUACUCCAAUUUUGAUUCUUGUCACACUUAUGCUACUGUGUGCAAUAAAAAUUCUUAUUUGACCCUUCCCCUUCA